AUGAUGAGGAAGUUGUCGUGUUUGUUGUCUGUGUUUCUGUUACUAUUGUUCUAUACGGCGGCGGCAACACCUCCUUCGCAACUACAUCGUUUCUCUGAAUCUGCAACUAGAAUUGGAAACAACAACAAUUAUCUAACCAAGGAAGAGCUCUGGUUUUCUCAGACACUCGACCACUACUCUCCCUAUGAUCAUCGCAAAUUUCAGCAGCGUUACUAUGAGUUCCUUGACUUUUUUAGGAUUCCUGAUGGACCUGUUUUUUUGGUCAUAUGUGGUGAAUAUUCUUGCAAUGGGAUCAAAAAUGACUACAUUAGUGUUCUGGCAAAGAAGUUUGGAGCAGCUGUGGUUUCUCUUGAGCAUCGAUAUUACGGCAAGAGUUCGCCAUUUAGAACUCUGGCCACAGAAAAUUUGAGAUAUCUUUCAUCCAAGCAGGCACUUUUUGAUUUGGCUGUUUUUCGACAGAGUUAUCAGAAAUCAUUGAAUGCGAGGCUUAAUAGAACAAAAACCGAUAAUCCCUGGUUUGUUUUCGGUGUCUCGUAUCCUGGAGCACUCAGUGCAUGGUUCCGUCUUAAGUUUCCCCAUUUAACAUGUGGAAGUCUUGCAAGUUCUGCAGUUGUUCUUGAUGUUUACAACUUCAUUGAAUUUGAUCAGCAGAUUGGUGAGUCAGCAGGCGUUGAAUGUAAGGCAGUGUUACAAGAAACCACUCGACUUAUCGAACAAAAACUAGCAACUAAUGGAAAGGCACUGAAGGCUUCUUUUAAUGCAGCUGAUCUUGAAAUUGAUGGAGACUUCUUGUAUUUCGUGGCCGAUGCUGCUGUUACAGCGUUUCAAUAUGGAAAUCCGGAUAUACUAUGCAAGCCUCUUGUUGAAGCAAAGAAGCACGGAGAUGAUUUGGUGGAAGCUUAUGCCAAAUUUAUCAAAGAUUUUUUCCUUAAAUCUGAAGGUAGUACACAAAGUUAUAACCAACAGAACUUGAAGAACACUGCUAUCACUGAAAACAGUGCUGAUAGACUAUGGUGGUUUCAAGUUUGUACUGAAGUUGCAUACUUUCAGGUGGCUCCUUCAAAUGACAGUAUACGCUCCCACAAAGUUGACACGAGAUACCAUUUGGACCUUUGCAAAAAUGUCUUUGGAAAGGGCAUAUAUCCUGAUGUUGAUGCAACUAAUUUAUACUAUGGAGGCACAGAAAUUGCUGGUUCCAAAAUAGUAUUCACAAAUGGCUCACAAGAUCCUUGGCGUCGUGCGUCCAAACAAAUUUCAUCACCCCAGAUGCCUUCCUACACCAUCACUUGUCAUAAUUGUGGCCAUGGAACUGACAUGCGAGGUUGCCCUCAAAGUCCCUUUAAUAUCGAAGGCAAUGACAAGAACUGCACAUCACCUGAUGCUGUUCACAAAGUCAGGCAAAAGAUCAUAGAGCAUAUGGAUUUAUGGUUGUCUCAGUGCCAGGAUAUGAGCAGGAGUUGUAUAUGA